AUGUCUACUACAGAUUUAGAGAGUUCGCUUAAAGAAAACGAAGAGUCUUUAAAAGAAAUCAGUGAGCUCUUACUUCUUAGUCCAGAAGAACCUGAACUAAAGAACCUUGCUAUAGAAUUGGAGAACUUGAUAAAGUUACAACAGGAUCAAAUAUUACAAGCGAAAAAAAAAGAGUUGCUCUCGAGAUUUGGUUUAUCUGAAGAAAAGAAUGGUGAAAGUGGAAAAACGGCGGAAGACGCUGAUAUGAUAGCACAAAACAAUUUAAUUAUUAAUAAUGAAGACAUGGAAAUCGUACAACCGGGUAAUAAAUGUUGCAUUCCAUGGACCCAUCCAGACUAUGAGAAAGUGUACUUUCUACCAGGAUUAAUACAUAGUAUCAAUGCUGAGAAGCAAACUUGUGAAGUAUUGAUUUUAACCCCAAUUACCCAAUCAAUUCGCAUUUGUGAAAAAUAUAUUUCCUCCCAAUGUAAAACGACACCUUGUCCAUAUAAUUGUUCUCAUGGAGAGGAGAUAUCAUUUGAACUUGUAACACCUUAUGAACUUUUAAAUAUUGGGAAUAUGGAUGCUUAUCAAGUUGGCCGAUAUUUUUGGGCUAAAUAUAAAGAUGAUGAAGUUUGGUACAUGGCUAAACUCAUAAGUAUUGAAACAGGUGGUAAAGGAUUUAGAAUAAUUUACAAGGGUUAUGAGAAUGAGCAUCCGAAUGGUUUUGUGGUUUCCCAUGAUGAAAUUAUACCUGUCGUUGGACUCGAGAACGAACACGAUGAAUCUGACGAGGAGAGUUCUUUCAGCGAAUAUUCCGAUGAAUGUGCUAGCUUAAGUGAAAAUGAUUCUUCUUCAUUAAAGAUAGGACUGGGUACUUUUAACGAUGAUGAUGAUUCCUCCAAUGAUCAAAACGAUACUCAGAUUCAAUUUGCUGAGUGGGAAAAGCAUACAAGAGGCGUCGCUUCUCGGAUGAUGGCAAAAAUGGGAUAUAAAAUGGGCGAAGGUUUGGGAAAGAACAGCGAAGGUAUUACGAAUCCGAUUGAAGUAAAACUCUUUACUAAAGGAGUUUCAUUGGACUUUAUUGAUAAGAAGGGAAAAGCUGAUCAGACAGGUCCUCAUCGUCGACGACGCCGUCGUCAUAAGUCGGAAGGAUCAAAAAUUGUUAAUUCAGGAACACAUAUUUCACAUGGGAGAAUCAAAGAUAGAAUUGAGUAUUCUAAUUUGUCGAGCACGAACGAUAAUAAUUCGGAUCCUCAACAAACAGUUUUUGAUUUUUUGAAUGUUUCACUGAAUAAAGGCAAACAUCGUGACAACAGUAAUAUGACCGGAGUUGGUAAUAUAUCGACAUCUUCACUACAAAGCAAUACGUCAGCUGGAUCAUCGUCAAACAAUAGUAGUACUGAUCGUUCUCAUAAAUUUUCAUCUGAAGCUAGUCAAUUACAACUUUAUCAACUUCAAAAUCAACUUAAUCAAAAAUCUCAGGAACUUCAAAAAGCAAAGGAAUCAUUCAAAAGAAAUGAAAAGAAAGAUCCUACUAUGGCUAAUCAUUUUAGAGAAAAAAUAAAUGAAAUCGAAACAACCUAUCAGUUAUUAAAAAGAAAAGAACAAGAAAUUCAACGUGGUCUUGAUAGGGCUAAAGGUCGUAAAAAAAUGACUAUAUUUUAG